AUGAUAAGAAAAUUCCCAAGCUCUCGGUUUACCUCUUUGCUCUCUGCCGCUAAACCUCUUCGCUCUUUCGCUUGCUCAUCUUCUCCGGCGAGAGAACCACCGCUAUGCGCGUUAUUUUCAGAGGCAAAAUCUUCUCCGACAUCAAAUACUCUCAGUAUUACUCCCAAGACUCCGCUGUUCCUUAGAACGCCGUCGCACGCAGCUCCCUUGUCUGAGGUUUGGAAAUGGCACGACUGGGCGAAAGAUCUGGCCUCCUCCGUAGAGCAUCCUUCGACCGAUCCCGACGAUUCCCUUGACUCUGCCGCUCUCCUCCGUGAGCUAAAAUGGCUGAUCGAAGACUCGAUCAUAGACGAUCAUCCGGUGAUUCACAGAAGGGAAACCCCGAACGAGGGCGAGCAGAGUGUGAAAUUGAGAGCGUCUUUGGAGGAGCUUUACGAUUUAUGGCGUCAGAGGAUCGAGAAGCGGCGGCCGUUUCAGUACGUCGUGGGGUGCGAGCACUGGAGAGACCUGGUGUUGUGCGUCGAGGAAGGUGUUCUAAUUCCGAGACCGGAGACGGAACUAAUCGUCGAUAUGGUGGAGGAGCUGGUGACGGGAGAUGAAUGGUUUAAGAAAGGGAUUUGGGCGGAUCUCGGGACAGGAAGCGGCGCAAUUGCGAUCGGCGUUGCUAAAGUCUUGGCAAGCCCUGGGAAAGUUAUAGCCACAGAUCUCAGUCCGGUGGCGAUCGCCGUCGCCGGGAACAAUGUUCGGAGAUACGGCCUUGAGGGGAUGAUUGAGGUGAGAGAAGGAUCUUGGUUUGAGCCAUUGAAAGAUGUUGAAGGAAAACUUGUGGGGCUAGUAAGUAAUCCACCGUAUAUACCAAGUGGUGACAUUGAAGGCCUACAAGCUGAAGUUGGUAGACACGAACCGAAACUUGCAUUGGAUGGUGGCAUCGAUGGGACUGAUUGUCUUCUCCAUCUCUGUCACGGGGCUUCUCGGAUGCUUAAACGCGGUGGCUUUUUCGUUUUCGAGACUAAUGGAGAUAAGCAAAGCAAGAUGAUGGUAGAUUACAUGAGCAAUGAUCUCAAGGACACUUUCUCUGAUUUGAAGAUGAUUUCUGAUUUUGCUGGAAUCCAUCGGUUCGUGACUGGCUUUCGUCUCUGA